AUGCGCUGCCGUGCACACACGGGUGGUAGUAACGGCGGUGAAGUUAUUUUUGACAGGAGGGCAUCAAACCUCCCACGUGAUGCUGGUGUGGGUUCCCAGAGAAGAUUAACAUAUGAGGAGGCGGUAGAGGAAGCAGGUUUUGGUUUGUUCCACUGGCUGCUGUUGGUGGUGUGUGGUUGGGCCAACGCCAGCGAUGCCGUGGAGAUUCUCUGUGUGUCUUUUCUUCUGCCAACAGCCCGCUGCGACCUGCUGCUGAGCUCUUCAGACAUGGGGCUGCUGACUGCCAGCAUUUUCCUCGGAAUGAUGGUGGGCGGCUACAUGUGGGGAUACCUGGCUGACCAGAGGGGGCGCCGCAAGGUCUUGGUUGUGUCCCUGACAGUCAACGGGCUGUUCGGAGGUCUGGCCAGUGUGGCGCCGUGGUUCUGGCUCUUCCUGCUGCUGCGGUUCAUCAGCGGCAUCGGGGUCGGCGGGUCGAUCCCUGUUAUCUUCUCCUACUUCUCAGAGUUCAUGCCCCGUCUGAGGAGAGGUGCAAUGAUCAGCGCUCUGGCCACCUUCUGGAUGGCAGGAAACAUCCUGGCUGCAGGCCUGGCCUGGUUGGUGAUUCCAAGAACCUGGGCACGUUUUUCUCUAGGAUCCCUGAACUUUCAGAGCUGGAGACUGUUUGUGGUGCUCUGCUCCGUUCCCAGCCUCACCUCGGCCCUCCUCUUCAGACUGCUCAUGCCUGAAAGCCCCAGGUUCCUCAUGGAGGCUGCCCGGGAGAAAGAGGCGAUCCAUGUCUUCCGGCUCAUGUUUGAGCUCAACAUGUGGGGAAAAGGAAAAGAGUUUCCGGAAUUUGGUUUGUGUACGAGCUCCAAGCAAAGCGAGGAACCGAAGGAGACCAGAGCUCGGGGGUCACGCAGAGAGACACUCGCCUGUAUUUUGAAAAAGGGCUUACUUCCUAUUAAACUGAUGUUUAAAGGUUCACUCAAAUCCAGGAGCAUCGUUCUGCUCAUCAUCUUCUACUGCAUCUCCUUCGGUUACUAUGGGCUCUGGAUGUGGUUUCCAGAGCUGUUUGAGAGAAUUGAGGACGGCGGCUCGCCCUGUGCCAACGUGUCGCUCCCGUCUCCACUCCACAACAAAAGCUGCUACCCAGUCAAAACAGCAGUGUAUAUGGAAGGCUUCUUCAUCGCUGCAUCCAACUUACCGGGAAACAUCUUCACCAUCCUUAUGAUGGACAGCACAGGAGGAAAAACUCUACUCUCCUGCAGCCUGCUGGUAUCCAGUCUGAGCGUCUUCCUCAUCUAUAUGGUCCAGACCAAAGGCCAGAGUCUGAUCCUGUCGUGUGUCUUCAGCGGCGUGUCUGUGAUCGCCUGGAACGCCCUGGACGUGGUGGGAACAGAGCUCUACCCGACCCAGCUACGGUCCUCUGCUCUCGGGUUCUUCACAGGAGUGGGCCGAGUGGCAGCGAUCAUGGGUAACGUAGUCUUUGGAAAGUUGGUGGACACAAACUGUGCCGUACCGAUCCUGCUGGUGUCGGCUCUGCUGCUGACGGGAGGACUGGUGGCUCUUCUGCUUCCACAAACCAAACAGACUGAGCUCACCUGAUCGCUCAGACUCUACCUCACACUAUUUUAAAUUAAUAAAUUAUUAGCAAACAUCCCCUUAAUGUGGAAGCAUACUGGAGGGUUGUCGCCUUUAUAUCUCCUGUUUCUGCUCCCGGAGGAUGUUUGAAUCCCGUGCCUUCUGUCAUCUCUCUGUGCCUUUUUAUCGUGCUUCAUUUAAAAUGCCAACAAUGAGAAUCAUUUUCAGAAGACAGUGGGCUCUCUCCAGCUUCUAAGAAUUACUAUUCAGGAAAGUGAGUAAGAAGAAAAAGAAAUGUACUACAGUGUCUGUUGUGAGCUCGUGAGGAUUAAAAUGCUUCCCAGACGUCAGAGUAUGAACUUUCAAGGACACCUGUAAACAUUUUGUCUAUCUCUAAACUCUAGAAAAAUCUAAAAAGGGUAUAAGAGUACAGUAUAAUCAGUAAUUCGAUUAGUGGCCUAUAUGGGCCUCAUAUAUAAAUGUCUCUUUGUUUCUGUCACCUUUGACUCAAAGAGUUCUCCAAAGAUGUUUCAGGUUUUUUCCAGCUGAUUAUUCAGUUUAGAGUUUUGGAUGCUAUUAGUUAGGAUUAGUUCAGGAAGAAAAUGUUGCACAUUCCACAUUUUUCCUUCACAAUUUGUUUUAGUUUAUAAUUUAUUCUGUAAAGGGCCUUUGUAUUUGUUUUCAGGCCAUUGCACAGCCAUUGUACGAUACUUGCCUGAACAAUCAUCAGUGUCUUUUUUUUAAAAAAAAAACUCCAAAUAAUAAUUGUAAAAUCUAUGCAACUCCUUUUCCCUGUGAAAGUGUUUCUUUCUGUACCCUUUCUGUCAUUUUCCUGCGCUAACUGGACCAACCAGUUCAGCAUUCCUGUGGAAAAACCAAAGAUUUCACAUCACAGUCAUUGUAAAAGGACCAAAAUGGCUACAGAUGAACAAACCUUUAUUUCAACCACGCUGAUGCUAGCUCAUAUUCUCAUCAGUGUUUCUGUAGAGCUGCUUGUUUUCAGACAGGUGUCAAAAUACUGUGACUAUUGUCUUAAUCAAUAAACACUACUUU